GUUGCUCUCUCUCUCUCUCUCUCUCUCUCUCUCUCUCUCCCGCAUCUGAAGUUCAACAGCAAUGGAGGACGCAAUGCACAUUGUCAAAUCGGCCGAGCCGGCCAUGUCUUGUGUAGAUCCUAGAGAAGCUCAAUCGGUUCCCAUCAGAGCAGACAUUGCUGAGAUCGUGGUCGUGCGUCACGGGCAAACUGACUGGAAUUUUGAACAUAGAAUUCAGGGUCAUUCAAAUGUGCAAUUAAAUGAAGUUGGGAGGCAGCAAACAAAUGCAGUAGCUAAUAGACUAUCCAAAGAAGGUGAAAUCUCCGCAAUUUACUCGUCUGAUCUAAAACGAGCUAUCGAGACAGCAGAAGCAAUUGCAACCGCUUGUGGUGUGGCGCAGGUUAUCAAAGAACCAGAUCUACGGGAACAAAAUACAGGAAAGCUUCAAGGCCUUAGUGUCAGUGAGGCAGCAAACGUUUAUCCCCAGAUUUUUAAGGACUUCCGAUCCCGUAGGUGGGAUCUAGAAAUCCCGGGUGGUGAAACUAAGGAUCAGGUUUACCAGCGAUGCACGACUUGCUUGCAAAACAUUGGCUUAAAGCACAAAGGGGAGCGAGUAAUAGUGGUCACUCAUGGAACCGUGUUCAGGUCUAUCUACCGGCGGGCUUGCCCGAAGGACGGUCCAGCACCGAAGGUACAGAACGGUUCAGUCAGCAUUUUGCACUUUUCUGGUGAGGACAAAUGGGUCAUGAAGUCCUGGAGCGAUCAUAGCCAUCUCAACCAAACAGAAGACAAACUGUAGUAGCAUUUUGAGAUACAUGGUGAGACCUAAAACAGUGGGAGGCAAAUGAGGGUAUUUGGUUAACACUAGUUGUGUAUCCAUUUCGAUCCUGCAGAAGAGUCAUGUUGUUGCCACUCAGCCAAACCGUGCGAGAGACCUACUCAUUAGGCAUUGCUUGA